AUGGAGAAUAACAACAACAUCAUCCAGCUGGAUGAUAUGUCCGAGUCCUUGUUUCUGAGAUCCGGAGGGGAGAAUGAGACAAGAAAAGAAGACAUAGCACUUGAGCAGACAUGCAUGCUAGAUAUAGUUCCGAGCAAGGCAGUUUAUGAGGAAGCAGAGCCGCAGGAAAAAAAGGCCUCAGAGCUGGACCCGGUUUCUUCUCGCGAAUUAAAUCACUUUAUCAGUGAAGCUAUAAGAUUGACAUCGCUUUACUCUACUCUUCAUUCUUCAAUCGGAAGUCACAGCUACAAGUCUUUAAGUCCAAGCGCCGCGACUUGUGUCUACGAUGAAAGCCACCUCACUAUUGACCAGUUCGCCCAACUUUGUAUCCGAUUCCUUGGGGAUAAACUACCUUCAAUGGUGUUUGAACAGUUUAUCGAGUUCAUUAAGAGUAACUAUUCUGAAACGGAGGAUGAGCGAAAAGUGAAAAUGGCGGAAUUGAAACGGGCGAGGCGUUUAGCGAGAAAGCUUGAACUAGUGGAUCAGCUAUUUCUUCUUUGGGACAAUGAAGGUUCUGAUCGAAUCAAGUUGGAACAGCUUAAAAACUACUUACUCAAGUACAAGUCAGGAAUUCUCAGGCCCCAGUUUAAAAUUGCCUUGCGCGAAGUCUCUGACCUGCAUAGAUCAUCGUCCCAUCUCUCCAUCGCUGGACAGGCGUUGCAAACAGCCUCCGGUCAGUCGACAAACGCGCUUCCGCUGACCACAGUCCAACCACUUCCGAGCGGCCAACAACCUGCCAACCAAGUGGGCCGUCUUGCUCUCCACUUGAUACUGACCAAGUUGGCCAGAUACCUGGCGAACCAGACGACACGCCUUCGGCAGAUGAGGCCGGCCAGCGGUGAAGAUGAACUGGAAGAGGACGUAUGCUUUGAGGAGUUGGUCGUCUACUUGACGGGCUGCCUCGAAUGGACGCUGACGGAUCGUCUUCGUGGUCAGGCACGGCGUCGGUGGCUCGAGAGCAUCGGGAACAUGGCGAUCGCUUCGACCACCAGCCUUGAACCUCUUUUUGCUUUCCCAAAAGUUGUUCUCAUCCCGGCUGGAGUGGACUGCAGUUUCGACCUUGCAUUAGUCUUAUCAACAUCCUCAGCGGGAGUCGAACCGCUUCCAUCUGUCACGGUUCGACUCCCGCUG